AUGUCUUCCCCCAUUGUUGAGCGAUGUUGUGGGGUGCUCUCGCCUGGGGUCGCCUUGCUACUGCUGUGGUUUUUAUUCUCCAUGUCUGUUUCGGACGCAGUGCUUUCCACAAACGGGACUCUUUUCGAGGAUCGGUGUAAAAUGACCGCGACGUGUGAAGCGCUGAAGUACAACGCGUGCCUGGGGUCCCCGUUGCCCUACACGCACACGUCCCUGGCCCUGGCUGAAGACUCCACGACCCAAGAGGAGGCUUUUGAGAAGUUGGCCAUGUGGUCUGGCCUGAGGAACGCUCCCCGCUGCUGGUCGGUCAUCCAGCCCCUGCUCUGUGCUGUCUACAUGCCCAAGUGUGAGAACGGACACGUUGAGCUGCCAGGACAGAGCCUGUGUGCGGCCACCAGAGGGCCCUGCAGCAUUGUGGACCGAGAGAGAGGGUGGCCCAGCUUCCUGACCUGUGAGCGGUUCCCCACAGGCUGUUCGAAUGAGGUGCAGAAAUUGAAGUUCAACACUUCGGGCCAGUGCGAGGCUCCGCUGGUGAAGACCGACAUUCAGUCCAGCUGGUACAAGGACGUGGAGGGCUGCGGCAUCCAGUGUGACAACCCCCUGUUCACAGCCGAGGAACACAGCGACAUGCACCGAUACAUCGCCUACUUUGGCACAGUCACUCUGCUCUGCACCUUCUUCACUCUGGCCACAUUUCUGGCAGACUGGAAGAACUCAAACCGUUACCCGGCGGUGAUCCUCUUCUACAUCAACGCGUGCUUCUUCGUGGGCAGUAUCGGCUGGCUGGCGCAGUUCUUAGACGGAGCGCGCCAAGAGAUUGUGUGCAAGAGCGACAACACCAUGCGCCUAGGAGAGCCCUCCUCCUCUGAGACACUCUCCUGUGUGACCAUCUUCAUCAUCGUGUACUACUCACUGAUGUCCGGUGUGAUCUGGUUUGUGAUGCUGACCUACGCCUGGCACACCUCCUUCAAAGCCCUGGGCACCACACACCAGCCGCUCUCUGGGAGGACCUCGUACUUUCACAUGAUCACCUGGUCCAUCCCCUUUGUGCUCACCGUGGCCAUCUUGGCUAUAGCACAGGUGGAUGGAGACUCCGUGAGUGGGAUCUGUUUUGUGGGAUACAAAAAUUACAUGUACAGGGCUGGGUUUGUUUUGGCCCCGAUUGGAGUGGUUCUGGUAGUCGGCGGUUACUUCCUAAUCCGAGGCGUAAUGACUCUAUUCUCCAUCAAGAGCAACCAUCCAGGAUUGUUAAGUGAGAAGGCAGCCAGCAAAAUCAAUGAAACCAUGUUGAGACUCGGUAUAUUCGGAUUCCUUGCCUUUGGGUUUGUUUUGAUCACUUUUGGCUGCCAUUUUUAUGAUUUCUUCAACCAGGCCGAAUGGGAGAGAAGCUUCAGAGAAUAUGUGCUCUGUGAGGCCAAUGUGACCAUCGCGUCCCAGACCAACAAGCCGAUCCCGGAAUGCACCAUAAAGAACCGGCCCAGCUUGAUGGUGGAGAAGAUUAACCUUUUCUCCAUGUUCGGCACUGGCAUUGCCAUGAGCACCUGGGUCUGGACCAAAGCCACCAUCCUCAUAUGGAAACGCACUUGGUUCAAGAUCAUUGGGCGAAGUGACAAUGAACCCAAACGCAUCAAGAAGAGUAAGAUGAUCGCCAAAGCCUUUGCCAUGAGGAAAGAGCUGCACCAGAACCCGGAGAAAGAGCUGUCCUUCAGCAUGCACACGGUGUCCCAUGACUGCCCUGUGGCUGGAAUCAACUUUGACAUCAAUGAGCCUUCCAACGACAUGUCAUCAGCCUGGGCUCAACAUGUGACCAAGAUUGUGGCCAGGAGGGGAGCCAUUCUGCCCCAGGACAUCUCCGUCACCCCCACCGGGACGCCAGUGCCCCCUCCCGAAGAGCGGAACCGCCUGUGGAUGGUUGAGGCAGAGAUCUCCCCGGAAAUGAUCAAGCGGAAGAAGAAAAAAAAGAGGAGGAAGAAGGAAGGGCGCCCCGAAGAAACCACAGAGCAGAGCCCACCUCGGCCUUACAUGCAGCGCGAGUUUGGCCGCAGCUCUGUGCCCCGGCUGCCCAAACUCCCCAACCACCCCAGCCUGGUGGCCAACCUCAGGCAGCAGAACGAACUGGAGGAAAACAACUUACCGGGGUCUUACCAGGACGUCCCGCUGUCCCAAUCUCGGGAGUGCGACGAGACGUACCCUUAUCCGCCCUGCUACAAGAGUGCACCCCCGCACAGCCGCACUGUGUCUGACCGCUACCCCGCCAGUGACCGCCCAGAAGACUUGGGCAUGGGAGUGCGAUACCCAGGACUCACAGGAGGCUAUGGCGCGCGGGAGAGGGCUCGUGCCGGGGAACGCUGGGGCAGGCCCAUUAACUCACGGACAAACCUGAUGGGGGCUGAGCUGAUGGACGCGGACUCUGACUUUUGA